UCCAUUUAUCCACUCCUCCUGACAGACUCUCAGAUGAUCCGUUCCUGAGAGAACCUGACCUUUCAGAUUACGCCUGGUCCUCCCUGGUCACCUUUUUGCCGAAUAUUGCAAGCAUCAACUUGCAUCGGUCUGCACCUCGCUCCAUCAGGCUUGCUUGAGCGAAGCGAUCUACAGCAUAUCGUUGAUUUCACGGUUAAUAUUGAGGGACCUUAUGAUAUCGUGGCUGCCGAGGAUCAGGUCCCAUUAAAGCGGCUUGACUUCGCAACAAGUUUAGCACCUUUUCAAUUUGGCCUUCAUUCCUUUACGCGGAGAAGAUAUUAUGCCUCGAGUUACCCGAGCAAGGUCGGCACUGGGAGAAGCUAGCGUCAAUGAACCUGGAGAAGCAUCACCGACGAAGUCAACUACUUUGCGCAAGCCAAGAGUAGCCAUCAAGGCAACAAAAGAAGCCGUGGCUGCUGACAACAACGAAAAUCAGGGUGAGGUCGCCUCUGGCCAACGGAAUGCAACACGUCUCAGCAAGAUUCCGACGAAGAUACCAACCAAGCCUGGCGUUCCGGAAAAGCCAGUGCGCGAAGAAGGAGGUUCUUCAGGGUCAUUCCUGAACAGGUUGGAUGCUUUGGAAAAAGUUCUCGACGAAACUCAAGCGCGGGUAAAAAUGCUGGAGGGGGAUAACAAAAAAAUGCAGAAGCAGCUGGAAGAGCAGAGAAAGGAGGAUCGGAAGUGCUGCGAGGAGGAUCGGAAGCGUUAUGAAGAGAAAAUUCGGGAACUGAGGGCUGAGCUAGGCGUGUGUCGUGGAAAUGGAAGUUGUGCAGGCGGAGUGAUGGUGCCGGCCCCUGACGAGAGGAGACACAACAACCUCCCGCUUGAGGCGGCUACUCAGCAGUGGGUGCAAUCGAUGGUGGAGACGGUAAAGACCAGGUCCGUGGAUGAGCUUCGCCGCCAUCAAGGAACAGACAGUCAGAAAAACAAGAGAAGGCGAGAAGAGUCUGUCACACCGUGCAGCCAGCAGCAGACAUCUGUUACGCCUGGUGUUCCAAGCACCUUUGGCAGCCCUCUGGAAGGUUCCCACGCAACCCCAAGGCUAAGCCCACAAGCAAAAGCAACAGUCGAGGAGCACGCUGAUAUUCAUGACGAACGCUCCGGGUUCUACAGCAUCUACUUCAAGGCCCAUGUCAACGAUGAGAAUGUGGCGGAGGUUCUCAAGGCUCUCCCUUUGGCUCGGCCUGACCUUCUUCCACUCCUCACAUUCAUUUCCGCCACUGGAAGCAUUGUCGCUGCUUCUUACCCAUCUUCGUCAGUGACUCCUCCCACAGGACGAGACGGUUUCUCUGGAUCAACGCUGCACCUCGCCAGCCGCUUCAAGGCUCUCUCUGGUCUGUCAAUUACAUAUCAGACGAUUUCUGAUGCAGGCGCGACGGCAAUUGGCAAACUGACGAGCCUCAAGACGCUGGAGCUUAGCAAGUGCGUCAAUGUCAACAGCAACACGCUGUCCCAAAUGCUUCCUGGACUCACCCUUCUAGAGCAUCUUGAUCUGUCCAAGACCCGCGUCAAAGAAGCAGGCAUGAAGAUCGUGGGUCAGCAUCUCUGCGGAAAUCUCAAAUCUCUAAACGUUUCCUCAUGUGACGAUUUGACUGAUGCUGCCUUCAAGCACCUCAGCAGCUGUAAACGCUUGGAGAAGUUGGAAGCUAAGAACCUGCUGCAGCUCUCGGACGCUGGGCUGCUUCAUCUUGCUAAGCUGCCUCUUAAGGAUGUCACGUUGGAGUCAUCUUCGAAUAUUACCGGAGCUUGGCUCCAGAAGCUGGACAGCGAAGAGAUUGGCUGCCUCGAGUCACUUGAUCUCAGCUACACAAAGGUGUCCGACGAUGUGCUGAAGCAUCUGGCAGCCCAUGCCACAGGACUGACGAAGCUAUGGAUCCGAUUGUGUCCAAACGUCACACAGCACGGACUGAUGGCAUUGUUCAAGGCGGGAAGGGGAUUGGAAGUCAGCUGCAAGGGAUGCAAUGUGCCAGAUGUACUUGGAAAAUUCAGGAGGUCGUCCCUGGCCAACCGUUAACACAAUUUGGCAGGUGCCAGACACGUCCGGGUGCUUUUCAUUCGAAUAAUUCCUUGUCCUCCUGAUCGGUUGUUGUGGAUGGAAAUGGCAUGAAACCCACUCCUUUUUAUUUGGUCUCUUUGAGA